AUGCUGGGCAUGGCAUGCAGUUUGCAGAAGCUAUUUGCUGUAGAAGAGGAGUUUGAAGAUGAGGACUUCUUGUCUGCUGUGGAGGACACGGAAAACCAGUUUGCUGGCUCGCGGCCCGUGAAGGCUGGGUGCCUGAGGUCCGCCUCUUCCCGGCAACAGGAGAGUGCACAGGCAUGGUUUUCCGCGCAGCCACCCUCAUGCCCCACCGCCCCUUCAGCAGCCCUGAGACCCCACCUUCCUCCUUCCAGCAUGCCUCCAGCAACAGCCCCCCUAAGACCGAGCUCGACUUCCAGCAGCUGGACAGGCAACCAGAGGAGAGUGGUGCUGACAGAGGUGCUCAGAGGGCCGGCACAACCCCAGUCCUCGGGCCCCCAGCCCCGGUUCACCUGUGAACGCCAGCAUCAAGCGACUGAUGACUUUGAGGGCGCUGAACAAGAUGAAUUUGAUAGGGUGCUGGCAAGCAUGGAGCUGGAGGGGCCUGGCAUGGAGCUAGAACUUGGGGUUGGCAGUGAGGCCCCAGGUCGCCUACCCACCUGGCAGCAGGAGGACUCAGUGUUAGCAAAAAAGGCCCGGGUGGUUGCUCUGAGCACAUCUUGCCAAGAGGAACCCCUGCCUGCCACCCAUGUAACAGGUGUCACCUCAGCCCAGGAAGAGCCUCCAGAUGGUCUCGUCCACUGCAGGACUGCACAGUCCCACUUGAGACCUCGUGCAGAGGCUAACUUACCUUUCCCAAAUGCCUCAACAGUUCCCACUGAGCAACCCCAUUGGGAAGCCUGUCCCAAAGGUCCCUCUCUUCAAGCACCCCUGCCUCUCCAAGCUGCUGGUGGCCCCAUUCAGAGGAGCCCUCAAAGUCGUUUUCCCCAUCAGCCUUUCCAAUCUCCAAGUGCCCAUGUAAGUGGCAAACCUCACUUUCCUGGACCACGAACCCCCAAUUCAAGCUAUUCUACUCCCUCAAGGACUAUCCCUGGAAUCAUUCCUCAGAGGGUCUUAUCACCCCGGGCUCCAGUGUCUUCUUUUGCGUCUCCUAUCGGCACCCCAAAAGGCCCACACUCCUCCCUGGCUGCCCAGGGAGCAGCUCUGCAGACACCCGUAGUCACCAACCACCUGGUGCAGCUGGUCACAGCUGCCAACCGGACACCCCAGCAGCCCACACGCUCCUCAGUCCGCACCAAAACCCGACGCUUCCCUGGCCCUGCCGGGAUCCUGCCUCAACAGCACAGUGGGAAAAAUCUGGAGGAGAUCAUGGUUUCCACCCCCCAGACUCCAACUCAUGGUGCUCUGGCCAAAUUCCAGACAGAGGUUGCUACUAGUUCUCAGGCGCCAGUGGAGGAGGAGUUCGGACGAGGACCCUGGCUGGCUAUGAAAUCUUCUCUGGGCCUGGAUGACAGAGACCCCUCCUGCUUCCUCUGUACCUACAGCAUCGUCAUGGUGCUGCGGAAGGCAGCCCUGAAGCAGCUUCCCAGGAACAAGGUGCCCACCAUGGCAGUGAUGAUCAAGUCCCUGACUCGGAGCACCAUGGACGCCAGUGUGGUCUUCAAGGACCCCACAGGAGAGAUGCAAGGCACAGUGCACAGGCUGUUGCUUGAGACACGCCAGAAUGACCUGAAGCCUGGCUCAGUGCUGCUGCUGAAGCAGAUUGGAGUGUUUUCUCCUUCGCUCCGAAAUCAUUACCUCAACGUGACACCCAACAACCUGGUCCACAUUUACAGCCCAGAUUCUGGGGAUGGGAACUACCUCAGGCCAUCGCAGCCCUCCCUUAAGGAUCCAGGAGGCCUUCAGCAGAAAGAGGCGGUUAGGCCUGGGAAAGGCCCCAAAACAGCUCAGAACCCAGAAGAAGGGGCAUCCCCUGUGGGAGAGCUCCCAGAAGCAGAUGACCUGGAUGGUCUCCUGAGUGAGCUCCCUGAGGACUUCUUCUGUGGGGCCAGCACUCUGGACUGCCCCAAGGCAGGUUACCCGCCGUGAGCAGGCCUCUACUCAGCUCUCACAAGGCUCCAGUCGUGUCCGGUCAUGUGCAAGGGAAAGAGCGAGACCAGCACGACUGGAGAACAGACGCCUCAGGACUGGCUGCUCCCACCCUGGGUGCUUUCUGGGAAACACCUGCGUCCCUCAGGCUGUGCACUAUUGUCACUUUGAUCAUCCUUUGUGGUACCUGAACUCGACCCCAGACUGCUUCCCAGCCCUCCUGUCCUCCAGCCCUCUGGUGCAUCGCCUGCCAGCAGGGCAGGUGUGUCACCUCCAGCGCCACACUCCUGCCUCACCUUGCCUGUGGAGCUCACGGCCUUCUCCUUUUACUGCCUCGUCCCGGGCACCCGAGGAGCCGCCCGCCGCAGUGGCCUCUGCACAGGGAAAUGGUGGACUUCCCUCAGCUUUGUCUCUGGAA